AUGAGUACGACUACCAAUUCCCGAUGGAACCCAUUCCGACGUCAUGUUUUGGGUUCUAAAGCAGAAGAGACACCUUUAGCACAACCACCCAUGUCCGCACCCCAAUCAAAGACAUGGGAGACAACUGUUGAGCGAGUGAACAGCUGGCCUGAGGAGGCCAGGCCUUUGAAGAAGCAUACGUGGUUAACGUUCAUGUACGGUAUUGGAGAUUUCAUCAUGGUUUUGUUACCAGUAUAUUUUAUACUCUUAGGAGCCGCAGUUAUCACACUAAAUGGAAAGCCCACAAAAGGAUCCGAUUUUGGAAAGAAAGUGGAAUUCGCCAUGGGUUUGGGUCCUACCAUGUUUCCAAUCGUGUUUGCAGCAAUCAGUGGGCGAAGCAUGAAAAUGAUAGCCAGAUUCCUCGCUGAAAAGGGUUCCAAGAUCAGCACUCUAGAGCUACUAAUGGCUAGCCAAUCCGUCUGGGGAACAGUGGAGAGUCAGAUAAAUAUGCAACGUCUGACUCUUGUCGGCGUCAACCUAUUGUUCCUGUGGGCAUUAUCUCCACUUGGGGGUCAGGCGUCACUUCGACUCAUGACAAGACAAGACCGAGACACCUUCGCGAACUCCAAGCUGCGGUACCUCACAACCGGCCCGGGCGGAAGCAUGUGGGGCUUGUCCUCAACAUAUGUCGGCAGUGGGAGGUUUGCUGAUGCGGGAGCCUUAUACUCUGCGGCCUUGCUAGCGCCUCUGGAGACCAAAAUAGGUCCAAGAGACCCAUGGAACAAUGUCAAGAUUCCAAACAUCGAUUAUAUCAACGACACUCAUGCAGACACAGAAGGAUGGAUAACAGUACCUGCUAUACAACAGCCAGAGACGUAUUCUGCACUCGUUGGGCUUCCAAUAGUUGGGCUUCCACAAACGAGGCGAUCAAACUUCACGAUUGAAUCGAGUUACCUGACGGUGGAGUGCGGUCGCUUCAACCAAACACCAUAUCCGGGGCUUAACAAUAGUACUAAUAUGUCCAAAACUAACUUUGCUAAAUUGGACGAGCUUGUUCCUGGUCAAGUUUGGAAGAACAAGUCUUUGAACAAUCCGUUCGAGCCAGCCGAAGGCAGAUCUUCAUCAUUCUUUAUCGACACAAAUCUCGGAUCACCCUGGGAUACUGAAGACCCUAUGUACGAGACACUAAUUGGACGACUGGAUGCUUUCUUUGGCAAUUACAACAAGACUCGACUUAGUAAUAAGCAGGCACAAGAAGCAAGAGAGAUUUCAUUCACAUCAGUCUAUGCUACAAGCGUAGAUAGUAACGUAUUCGGUUUAAACAUGGCGCGCUGUAACUUGGCACAAAACCAUGUUGAGGCAAUGGUUGAGUGCACUGGUAAGGAAUGCGUAACUAAGAAAGUCAGAAAAUCUCUGUCGGAUUCACGGCCUUCAACUUAUACGGCAUUCGAGCAUGGAGUCAUCAUGGCAGGCUUUGCACAGCAGUUUCCGCUUGCAGUAGCCUAUAGUGCUGGAUCAAGUCCAACUGAGCGAUAUCUUGCCAACAGCUCCGCUUUUCCCUUCGUACAGCAGGCCGGCCACGUUACACAAGACAUAAUGUAUACCAACCUAUCCUUGGUCGAUCCAGAACUUUUCUCCCGACGGUUGAGUUCGGCUAUAAAUACUUACUAUCAGCUUACAAUACAACCAACGGGAUAUUUCGGAAGUCUGUCAAGCAACUUGUCUCUAUACGGUCCGGAUACGCUCCCUUUCAACGACGUUGAUAAGUAUUUACCAAGCGACUCCCCAGCUACCAACAGCUCCUUCUUUGACUGGUGGUCGAAAUUUGAUGUAGUAGCACAGAACAGUCAAUCACCCUUCAUAGGAGCAACAACUACUGCAACAGUUACGACCACGGAGGAGAUAUUUGUUGGCGAAGUGUUAUGGCUGUCACUACUCAUGGUGUCUUCCGCCGUGAUCUUGGUUAUUGGGAUUGCGGCGCUGGUUCUCAAGCAACGCACUCUCGGGCCUGAGCUAUUCGGAUUCGUCUCGAGCAUGACUUAUGAAAACCCCUGGGUGAAAAUUCCUAGUGGUGGGACCAUGCUGGACGCCAUGGAAAGAGCAAGGCUUUUGGGAGAUGUUCAGGUGCACGUUGCUGACGUACGCGGCAAUGACGAUGUGGGCCAUAUCGCCUUUGCUGCCGGCGUACCCCUUCGCAAACUGGAGAAAGGGCGCCUCUAUUAUUGA